GCAUCUCCUAAUAGUUUCUAACGCAUCCCAAAUUACCUUUGCUCUCAUGCAAUAGCCCUAUUUAAACUCCACCAAUCCCUACUAGACCAUUACUCAUUCAUCCUAUCCAACCAAAAAUCUUCUUCUCUUUCUUCUUGUAUCCUUCUUGAAUAUUUCAUUUGCUACAAACAACUAUGGUAGUUUUAUCUCAGCCACUUGUAGAAAACUUUUCUCGCAUUAAAACAUGCAAGCAUAACACUAGUGAUCAUGUUUACACUGGUGUUAUCCCAGUGAUAGACCUAUUAGACCCUGAAGCCAACACUCUUAUUAUAAAAGCUUGUCAAGAAAUUGGGUUCUUUAAGUUGGUGAACCAUGGUGUCCCCAUUGAGACCAUCACCAAAUUAGAAAGUGAAGCUGUCACGUUCUUCAACUUGUCCCAAAUUGAGAAAGAUAAAGCUGGCCCUGCUUACCCUUUUGGCUAUGGUAACAAAAGAAUUGGCUCAAAUGGUGAUGUGGGUUGGGUUGAAUAUUUACUCUUCACAACUAACCCUGAACUCACUCACCAAAAAUCCAUCACUAUUUCUGGAAAUUCUCAUCUUUUUUGGGCACUUGUGAAUGAGUAUGUAAGUGCAGUGAGAAAUUUGGGAUGUGUAGUGCUGGAGAAGAUAGCAGAAGGGUUGAGAAUAGAACCAAAGAAUGUGCUAAGUAGGAUGCUAAGGGAUGAGAAAAGUGACUCAUGUUUCAGGUUAAAUCAUUAUCCACCAUGCCCAGAGCUGCUCAAAGCAUUGAGUGGUAGGAAUAUGAUAGGAUUUGGAGAACACACAGACCCACAAGUAAUAUCAGUACUGAGAUCUAACAACACAAGUGGCCUGCAAAUCUCUCUGAAAGAUGGGACAUGGCUCUCAGUCCCACCUGAUCCCUACUCCUUUGUCAUCAAUGUUGGCGACUCUUUGGAGGUAAUGAGUAAUGGCAGGUUUAGGAGUGUGCGGCACAGGGUGUUGGCAGAUAGUUUGAAAUCCAGGGUGUCCAUGAUUUACUUUGGAGGUCCACCUCUGAGUGAAAAGAUAGCACCUUUAUCAUGCUUAAUGGAGGAACCUGAUGAGGAAAUUCUGUACAAUGAAUUCACAUGGUCUGAAUACAAGAAGUCAGCUUACAAGACAAGGCUUGGUGACAAUAGGCUGUCCCUCUUUGAAAAGAAAUCAAAAGCUGCCCAAUGACAACAUAUGGUCAAAAUUAACCCAUUUAGGAAAAUUAUUUAGGAAUUUGACUUCACUUUCCUUAGUUGGAAAUAAAAAAGUGUAGGGUCUUUUAAAUAUUUUUAAAGCUUUCUGGGGUGUUUUCUAGGUUAAUGGCUUUAUGUCAUCACCCUACUUUUUUCAUUUUGUGCUUAAUUUUGUAACAACUACCCUUGUGCUAUAAAUGCGAUUUUAUCUUCAUUAUGUCA